GACGUCAGAUUAAUUCCCACAAUGCCUAGUAACACGCAUGCGCAUUUCACUAAUUUACACUUUUUUUUUUAGACAGCGAUCUAUGAUCAAAGAUGGCGAGCACCUCCGACCCACUGGAAGAUAUGUUAUUUUCUGAGGUGGAUGAAAAAGCUGUGAACGAUUUAGUGGGCUCUUUGGAGUCACAACUUGUUGGACAAAGCAGCCCUGCACAUACUCAGUCGGAAAACAGAGGUGCUGGGUCUACAUGCACUGCAAACCAUCACUUAGGGAAAACGCUACCAGCCCAAGUGGGUACUACACUAGUACAGCAGCAACAAGGACAACAUAAAGCUGGGAUGCACCAGGAGAUAAACUCUAAAGAAAUUAGCUUAGAGAAAACUGUCACAUCUUCUUCGCUGAGUUCUAUUCCGUCCUUUGAGGAAGCUUCCACCACUUCAGGGACUGGAGUAAACGCUACCAAGAGCGGUUUGCAAUCACAUGGAACAUCAUCUAUCACAACACUACCUGCAUUUGGUGGUGUAGCAACUUCUCCGCUUGUCAACAGCAUCAACAGCACUACCACCAGCCGAGGUUCCGCUCUGGCUUCAGGUCAGACAUCAACAGACAUUGUCGAUCAUCCAAGAAAACGUAUAACUGCAUCGUUACGGAGUGCAUCCGCGGGAAUACAGAGUUUGAACGGUACCAGAGGAGCGCUAACGUCAAGGAAUAAUCCCCCUGCGGCGGGAACUGCUGCGUUGAUUAGCAGUGCAAGUGCAGCAAACUCAAGUCGGACCGUUGACGUUACAUCUUGUGUAAAUACGACGAAUUUCACUUUGUCUAACUCCAGAAUUUCUUCAACUCAAUCAGCGAUUCCCCUGGAUAAGGGGACUCCUACUAUUGCUUUGCAAAGACUACCAAGUCACAUUGUAGCGAGCAUCGCGCAUAAUGGAAAUGGCACUACCGUCUCGGCCUUGGUUAAACAGGGCGCGAUAGGACCGAUCACUUCUGCAGCAGCUUCGCAAGUGAACCACAAAAAAGAGGGUUCUGAAGCGAAGUCGGACGCUCCCGUACAGUCCAAAAUAGUAAUGUCCAGUCCGUUAGGUGUUGUCAAUUCCGUAAUAAACUCUGUUUCCUCUCCCUCUGCCGUUUCCAACAUAGCAGCGGCGACUACUGCAAGUCAUGUCAUAGCAAAGCCUGCUGUCAAUGUUGUUGGACAAACAACAACUGUUGGAAUGGUAAGGUCACCGGCUGUGACCACAGCUACACAGCCUCUGCUUCGACCGGGAGUCCCAGCAGCUCAAAGGACUGUAGCCCCCCAGCUGAUUGUCAGACCCCCCCAACAACCACAGACGACCAUUCAACUGCCUCCUGGGUUUACCAUCCCACCCGGAAUGGUGUUAGUGCGCACUGAGAUGGGUCAGCUGGUGAUGGUCCCACAGCAGGCCCUUGCCCAGGCACAGGCCCAAGCCCAGGCCCAGGCCCAGGCCCAGGCCCAGAACAACAUCUCCCCCCGAACUGCCACCCCCACUGCAGGGGCCACCUUCAGAGCAACUACCCUACAGAAGGGCCCCAUGGCGCCGGCUGUGGCAGUGACGGCUCCCCAACAGACCCCCGUGGUAAUGGCCCCCCAGGUCCAGGCUGGGGCCCAGGCUCAGCCAGCCCUGCCCCCACAGACCAGCGUCCCUGUAGCCCCAGGAGCCUCUGUCAUCUCCCAGGAGAUGCAGGAGAAUGUGAAGAAGUGUAAGAACUUCUUGGCCACCCUGAUAAAGCUGGCUUCCCACAACUCUCCGUCGCCUGAGACCUCCAAAAACGUCAAGUCACUGGUCCAGGAUCUGCUGGAUGCUAAGAUUGAGCCUGAGGAGUUCACCAACAGACUGCAGUCAGAGCUCAAGUCGUCUCCUCAGCCCUACCUGGUCCCCUUCCUCAAGAAAAGCCUCCCGGCCCUGCGGCUGUCUCUGCUCAACAUUCAGCAUUCCCUGAUCCAGCCUCUGCCGCAGGCCAAAGCCACCCCCACCCCCACCACAGGCACCAGCUCUGCCAUCAUGGCCGUCCCAGCUGUCCGCUGCCGCCUCCCCAACAGCGUCAGCACCACGGGGGCCAGUGUCGGGGCCCAGGGACACACAGCUGCCCUGGGUAUCAAGCAAGCAGGCACCGCUGGUUGCCAGGUCAGGAUGCCCAUGUCGAUCACACCAUUAAGAACACAAGGCACUGUCAGCAAGGGAGCCAUGUUCCAAGCAGGCAAAAGUCCUGUGGGUUUUGCUGUUAAGGGCUUUGGAAAUCAGAAAAACAAGCAGAACGAUCCCGGAGGCGGUUCUUUCAGGGAUGAUGAUGACAUUAACGAUGUGGCGUCCAUGGCGGGGGUGAACCUGAAUGAAGAGAGCGCUCGUAUCCUGGCAACCAACUCUGAGCUGGUGGGGACACACAUCCGCUCCUGUAAAGAUGAGGCCUUCCUUCACCCGGGCCUGUUACACAGACGCAUCCUGGAGACAGCUAAGAAGUUUGGCGUGUCAGAGGUUCCUAUGGAGGCUGUGAACUUCAUCUCCCACGCUACCCAGUCCCGACUCCGCACUGUGCUGGAGAAGGUCUCCUCCAUCGCACAGCACAGGAUGGACGGUGGUAAAGAUGAGGAGUGGUUUGAGCAGUCGGCAGGCGUGCGGUCGCAACUAAAGUUCUUUGAGCAGCUGGAGAGGAUAGAGAAGCAGAGGAAGGAUGAACAGGAGAGAGAUCCUACUCAAAGCAGCUAAAAGUCGCUCCAGGCAAGAGGACCCAGAGCAGGCUCGGCUGAAACAAAAAGCUAAGGAGGUAAGCGCUGUGCUGGAGAUCAUUACCCUUGACAUUUUCCCAAGACUUCAACAUAUAAAUGUUUCAUGCCUCGCUACAUAUGUAAUGCCAUUUAAAGGUCUGACUUAAAAAGUUGUAGGAAUUAUUUGUGCUGAUUUAUGUCUGCCUCGUUUGGAAAAGUGGUUAUAGAACAGAGACACCACACCAAAGAGAUCCUCCUCCUCUUUUCUCUCUCUCUCUCUCUCUCUUUUCUGGCUCCCGAUAACAUUUUGGAGACUGCUGUUCAUUGUGCAUGGCUCUUUCAAAGAGAUAGAUUGGGGAGCAUAUCAGUGUUGUGAGUACCGGUUUAAUAUUCACCAUAGCACUUUCUGUAGAGCCAUUUGCAUUGUAAAAGCUGAUCGAAAAAUGUUUACUGUCACAGUUAUGUAUACAUUUUGGUUUAAAACUUUGAAAUGGCUUUGGCACUGUAGGCGCACAAAUGGGAAAUAUAAAAAAUAAAGUAGGAAGCUACUGUGCUUAUUUGUUAAAUUGUACAGCUACAGUGUCUUCAGAAAGUAUUCAUACCCCUUGACUUAUUCCACAUUUUGUUGUUACUGCCUGAAUUCAAAAUUGAUUAAAUAUAAUGUUUUUCUCAUCCAUCUGCACACAAUAUCCAAUAAUGACAAAAGUGAAAACGGGUUUUAGAAUAGUUUUCAAAUGUAUUGAAAAUUAAAUACAGAAAUAUCUCAUUUACAUAAGUAUUCUCACCCAUGACUCAAUACUUUGUAGAAGCACCUGACAGAGAUUACAGCUGUGAGUCUUUCUGAGUAAGUCUCUAAGAGCUUUCCACACCUUAAUUGCGCAACAAUUUCCCAUUAUUAUUUUCAAAAUUCUCAAAGCUCUGUCAAAUUGGUUAUUGAUCAUUGCUUUAGAACCAUUUUCAGGUCUUGCCAUAGAUUUUCAAGUAGAUUUAAGUCAAAAGUUUAACUUGGCCUCUCAGUCACUGUCUUCUUGGUAAGCAACUCCAGUGUAUAUUUGGCCUUGUGUUUUACGUUAUUGUCCUACUGAAAGGUGAAUUAAUCUCCCAGUGUCUGGUGGAAAGCAGACUGAACCAGAUUUCCUCUAGGAUUUUGCCUGUGCUUAGCUCCAUUUUAUUUAUUUUUUAUCCUGAAAAACUCACAAGUCCUUAGCAAUUACAAGCAUACCCAUAACAUGAUGCAGCCACCACAAUGCUUGGAAAUAUGGAUAGUGGUAGUCAGUAAUGUGUUGUAUUGGAUUUGCAGCAAACAUAACAUUUUGUAUUCAGGACAAAAUGUUAAUUUCUUUGCCACAUUUUUUGCGGUAUUACUUUAGUGCCUUUGGAAUAUUUUUUAUUCUGUACAUGCUUCCUUCUUUUCACUCUGUAAAUUAGGUUAAUAUUUAGGAGUAACUACAAUGUUGUUGAUCCAUCCUCAGUUUUCUCCUAUCACAGCCAUUAAACUCUGUAACUGUUAUAAAGUCGCCAUUGGCCUCAUGGUGAAAUCCCUGAUCGGUUUCCUUCCUCUCAUUGGUCUUUGUGGUUUAAUCUGUGUUUGAAAUGCACUGCUUGACUGACG